CCCAUGAUUCUGAUGGUCUUCUGUUCUUUGGACACCUUCCAUUUUCAACAAUGUGGUGAUUCUACCUCCAUUGUGAUACCAGAGUUCUUCUCUUUAGUGUCUUUUUUGCCUUUAAGCUUUUCAGGAGGGUUCAUCAUCCAAGAGGCCAAAGUCUCGCAUGACUGACACUCUGAUGGGGCAAAAAUGUCUAAGACAUUUCUACAAAGCGGCCCAGAAUUGAGCUUGCCAUUCAUGGCGGCUGCUCUGCUCUUUGUUGAGGAUUGCUGAUGAUGAUGGUUCCUCAGGGCUAGCAGGGCCCAUAUUAACAGAAACCUCCGUUCUCCGUACGUGUCCCCACUGCCAGCACCACCAGCACCCAUUGCUUGGAGGAAAGUGCCUGAGAGGGCAGCCCCUGCCACAGCAUGGCGACAAAGAAGACCAAGUCCAAAGCUCGGAAGAGCAUCGCCAAGAGCCAGAGCACGACUGGGCCGCUCUUGACGGAGCAAGAGCAGUCCCUGAAGAAGGAGUCCCUCAUCCUGGCGGAGCACAUCCACACCUACACGCAAUGGGUGGACCAGUUCCAGAGCAGGAACGAGUUCCUGGACAAGGAAGCGCAGGAGAUCCGGCAGAACAGCAAGGCCUACCUGAGCUACCUGAACAGGCGCGCUGCCCGGUGCCAGGACGCCAUCACCACCCUCAACGAGCAGAACCUCUUUGACCUCACCAGCGUCCUGAAGCAGAAGGAGGAGCUGACCUCCCAGUACACAGACAAGGAGACAGAGAUGAGGAGCCAGCUGAUUGAGAUGGAAACCAAGUUCUCCCUCAUGACCAAGGAGGUUGAGGAGCUCAAGCCCUUCAAGGAGCUGCAGUCCGAGCAGCUCAUCCGCAUCCGGGAGCUGGAGAAGGAGCUGCUGGCCAUGAAGAUCCAGCACUCGGAGGAAAUGCGCUUGCUCAAGAGCAAGUACCUGCACCAGAAGGCGGAGUACGAGGUGCAGGCGGAGCAGAAGGUCCAGGCCCUGGCCAAGAAGGCCGAGAAGGAAGCCGUGCGCAGCCUCAUCCAGCACACUAUCAGAGUGAAGGAGGAGAACAGGCGGCUGCGCAACGAGCUCCUCGGCCUCAUCCAGCGAGCUAAAGGCCUGAAAGCCUUCCGGCAGCAGCUGAGAGAGCAGAAGGAGCAACUCCUGCGGGAGCUCCAGUAUGGGCGGGGCCUGGCACACAUGCGCCGCUGGCUCCAGCAACAGGCGGCUCAGAAGACUGGCCCCACUCCCAGUAGCCAGCCUCCCAAGAACACACAAAAAUCCUCUCGGGGCGCAAGCGCUCAAGGGCCCGCAAAGAGGGAUGCUCAGGCAGCAGCUGCCGAAGGUUUGCCACCACUCUGGAGCCCCAAGAGCAGCAGCAAGCAGCAAGCGAUGCCCACAAGCAGCCAGCAGUAUUAAGAGAGUGAGCGGUUUCCAAGCGUGUGAGCAAAGGUGAGGAGGCCUGAGAGUAGACUUCUAAAUGCGGAGGCAGAAAUCCUGACUCAGAGACAGCAACAAGCUGUUUGGGGAUUGGAGACUGCAGCAGCUCAUGCGCUCUGCUCUUCGCUUCGUAUCAGAGGUGGCAGGAAACAUGGACCAACCCCGCCCCCCUAAUUAAAAGGAUGUGUGUGGA